AUGGCGAGCGCAGGGACGCCCGCGCAGGCGACCUCGAGGCCUCAGGCUGCUCUGAGGACGACACCCUCGGAUCAGUCGUCGAGGGGCGUCAGCGUACCGCGGGCCCGGAGGAGUGGCACGGGCAAACGCAGCAUGAGUGCCCGGUCCGGCUCCAGAGUCGUUGCCAAGGACGCAGCCCCACUCGCACCGGCUAAAGCCCUCAAGACCGGGGCGCGCGCCACUCCACACUUGGCGCCGCAGCCCCCGCCCGUCGUGGAUAUCGUGGAGGAGGCCGUGAAGCUGCAGGAGGCCAUGGCACGAGGGGCCCAAGCACCGGGGAAUGGGGGCGGUGCCAUCCAGAGUGGCGUUGAAGCAGCCGCUCAAGCCGAAGCCGUGGGGGAGGCCGGUCGGGGAGGCGCGGAUGACGCCGCCCGGUCGGACAUCGAAGUCGGGGCCGGUCGGAGCGACGCGGAUAGCGCCGCCCAGCCGGUCGCAGAGGAAGAAGCUGGUGGGGAUGCGCAGGAACGCCCCGCCAGCCGAACAGAGGUGGACACCCUCGUCCCCGAGCCCCCGAGGGCUGGGGUCGAGGGAGUCGCGGAAGAGGAGUCGGCGCCGAGGGCGCCAGUGACAGAGGAAGCCCGCGUCUCAGUGCCCGCAGAGGCCCGGGACGAGGGUGUUGUUGCGGUGGGGACGGCACUGGCUCCGACAGAAAGUGUGGUGCCCGUGGUGCAGUUGCCGGACAGCAGCGAGGAGUUCGGGGAUUCGAGAGACAUCGACCCCGCUGCUGCGGCAAGUGCCGCCAACAAGAUCGCCGAGUUUACGUCGGCCUGCGCGGAGGUGCUCGACAAGGGGACAUCCGAGGGGCCCCAUCACGGGGCAAUCAUCCAGUCCGUGGUCCCCCAGGAGUUUCUCCACAACGUACGGGAGGAGGAGUCCGUCUGGCAGAAGCAGAUUGAGCGGCUGAGGGACAUCUCGCGCAAGAAGAGUGCCGAGAUGACCCGGCUGUAUUCUCAGGUGCACUGGCUUGGUCAGCACAAUGCUGGCUUGGUGCUCCAGAACAUCGACGCCAACACCAAGAUGGCGGAUCAGGGGGCACGUCAGCAGGAACUAGAGGAGGAGCUGGCGCGGGCCGCCGCGCUCGAGCUGAAGGAAGCCGAACUCCAGCACAAGGAGGCCGAGCUCCAGCGCAAGAAGGCAACCGUCGCCACGCUCACCGGAUCCCUCGAGGAGAAGGGCAAAGCCCUCGAGGAAAAGGAGGUGGUCCUCCGGAAUACGGAGGCCGCCCUUAAGGAGAAGGAGGACUCCUUGUCUUCACUAGAGGAGGCCGCCCGAGUCCAGUGA